GGGGAGAGGAGCGGUGAGUGCCCGGGAGAGGCGGCUCCUUGUCCGGCCAGCACAGGGAUAGCAGGACAUGCCGAGGGUGACUGGAUAUGGAAUACAAUGACAAACUGGCUCGGUUCCGUCAGAGUCAUCUUAACCCUUUUAAUAAACCGAGGGAAGAGAAAUCCUCCCGGGAGGACGGAGACGAUUUGGCAUCCAAGGAUUCACCUCCAGGCUCUCCGCGUUGUGAACCAGAAUUCCACUGCCCGGAACGCGUCAUGGAUCUCGGCGUAUCGGAGGAUCAUUUCUCGCGACCUGUGGGUCUCUUCCUGGCGUCUGACAUUCAGCAGCUGCGUCAGGCUAUAGAGGAAUGUAAGCAGGUCAUCCUGGAGCUGCCGGAGAACUCUGACCAGCAGAAGGACGCAGUGAUCAGACUCAUCCACCUCCGGCUCAAGCUGCAGGAACUGAAAGAUCCCCACGAAAACGAACCCAACCUGCGGAUAUUGCUGGAGCACCGAUUCUACAAGGAAAAGAGCAAGAGUGUAAAACAAGUGUGUGAUAAGUGCAACACCUUUAUCUGGGGCUUGAUCCAUACCUGGUACACCUGCACAGGGUGUUACUAUCGCUGUCAUAGCAAAUGCCUAAAUCUUAUCACUAAACCCUGCGUUAGAUCGAAGGUCAGCCAUCAGUCUGAGUACGAGUUAUCCAUCUGCCCAGAGACGGGGCUGGACAGCCAGGAUUACCGCUGUGCAGAAUGCCGAGCACCCAUCGCUUUACGGGCAGCACCAAACGAAGCACGGCAAUGCGAUUACACUGGCCAAUAUUACUGCAGCAACUGCCAUUGGAAUGAUCUUGCUGUCAUCCCAGCCAGAGUCAUUCACAACUGGGACUUUGAGCCACGCAAGGUUUCCCGCUGCAGUAUGCGUUAUCUUGCCCUCAUGGUGAGCCGGCCUGUCCUCAAACUACGAGAAGUCAACCCUCUGCUGUUUAACUAUGUGGAGGAACUAGUGGAGAUAAGGAAAUUGCGGCAGGACAUUCUUGUUAUGAAGCCUUACUUUAUCACAUGCAAAGAAGCAAUGGAGGCUCGGCUACUGCUGCAGCUUCAGGAUCGACAGCACUUCGUGGAGAACGAUGACAUGUACUCCCUGCAGGAUCUCCUGGACAUGAGCAGCGGCCGUUUGAGUCUUUCUCUCACAGAGAUCCACACCAUGUUUGCCAAGCACAUCAAGCUGGACUGUGAGCGAUGUCAGGCCAAAGGCUUUGUGUGUGAGCUGUGCAAGGAAGGAGACAUACUUUUUCCAUUCGAUAGUCACACGUCUGUCUGCCAGGACUGUGCUGCUGUGUUCCACAGGGACUGCUAUUAUGAUAACUCCACGAGCUGCCCCCGGUGCAUGAGGCUCAAUCUCCGAAAGCAGGAACAGGGUCCUGGAGAGGAGUCGUGGCAAUGAAUGACACUUUAUCUGUGACACGCAGAGACAUCUUAAUUUCUCCAGAAAUGUCUGUGCUUGCCAGUGGAGUGUACAGCUCUUAUUACCGCUGCCAUCUAGACGCAGUACAUGGCAGUUCGAGCCUCACAAAAAGAUUUGUACAUACAGACAUGAAGAGACUGCUGAUUGUGCUACGUUUUACACCUCAAGCCUCCCGUUAUAUGUGCCUGGGAUGACAGCAAUGCAUUCUGGACUAAUGCACAAUGGUCGCCUGCCAAGCCUCGCACCCAGUUUUGCACAUUUUUAAGGAGACGUCAGGCUUUCUCAAACUGUAUCAAAGACUGGGCAUUGCAGAUGGUCCUCUCCUGUACACACGUCUUGAGGUGCCUUACAUACCCGUCAUUGGAUGUUCUUGUUUUAUACUGUGUCGAAACCGAUUAAAACAAAUGUGGGCAAUUGGUAGCCCGUGGUUGUUCUAGAACCAUCUCCCAUGGCUGUAAUGUAUAAUGGGUGGUGUUGGUUGAUGCUUUUGAGCAUCCUGGGGGUUGCAGGAUGUGAUACAAUAAGUUGACUGUCUCUGGCUGAGAUUUACUAAGAACCCCAGAUUCUGGACUUUGGUGACUGUGGAACAUGUAUAUACUCUUUGGGUAUCUGCUUAGCUAAAAGAGAGCAUAAGCGAUAUUUUAAGCACUUAAUGUGACAGUCUAGGAUGUGUUUGAUUCCCCCUUUUAAUGCAUUGUAGAGAUAAUGUAUUACAAUAUUGAAAAAACAAAUCAUGAAAAUUAAAAUACCCUUUGAAUGUCCUAUAUUUGCAGCAGAUCCGUAGUACCUGUUGCAUCAGCAAUGAGCCAUACAGAGACCAGGAAGAGGCUGCAAUAUUUUCACCAAUCCUGGUUUCCCUCUUUAUUUAUGCUUUGAGAGAGCUAAGCAUCUUCCUGUGCAUUCAAUCUUUAAGGGAAAUAUAGUUCAGCUCUCUGAUUUUCCUUUUGGGAAAUGUGCAAUGUGGAGCCGUUCUUGCCAGACGUUUCAUUCUUGAAAAACAUCAAUAAAGCUAAAGGAUUGUAGUCACCUGAUGUUACGUGAAGCAUGUGAAUGCUAUAAACACCCCUCCCCCAGGUAAAUAACACGCUG